CUUCGGAGUCCCGCCCGCUGGAUUCGAGGACCCGCUUGGAUGCUUCGCCUCCGAGCGCCCUCGGAAGAUGGGCCGGCAGCCACGCGCGUAAAGACACCUAGGGGUUACCAGUCUCCAAGGCAGACCCGGAGGGCUCGGCCCGGGAUUCCGCGGCGGAGGAAAUGGCUUCCAGCCCGCUGCCGGGGCCCAACGACAUCCUGCUGGCAUCGCCGUCGAGCGCCUUCCAGCCCGAAGCGCUGAGCCAGCCGCGGCCGGGCCACGCCAACCUCAAACCCAACCAGGUGGGCCAGGUGAUCCUCUACGGCAUUCCCAUCGUGUCAUUGGUGAUCGACGGGCAGGAGCGCCUGUGCCUGGCACAGAUCUCCAACACUCUCCUCAAGAACUUCAGCUACAACGAGAUCCACAACCGUCGUGUGGCGCUGGGCAUCACGUGCGUGCAGUGCACGCCGGUGCAGCUGGAGAUCCUGCGGCGCGCCGGGGCCAUGCCCAUCUCAUCGCGCCGCUGCGGCAUGAUCACCAAGCGUGAGGCCGAGCGCUUGUGCAAGUCGUUCCUGGGCGAAAACAGGCCGCCCAAGCUGCCCGACAACUUCGCCUUCGACGUGUCUCACGAGUGCGCCUGGGGCUGCCGCGGUAGCUUCAUCCCCGCGCGCUACAACAGCUCCCGCGCCAAGUGCAUCAAAUGCAGCUACUGCAACAUGUACUUCUCACCUAACAAGUUCAUCUUCCACUCCCACCGUACUCCCGACGCCAAGUACACGCAGCCGGACGCAGCCAACUUCAACUCCUGGCGCCGUCAUCUCAAGCUCACCGACAAGAGUCCCCAGGACGAGCUAGUCUUCGCCUGGGAGGACGUCAAGGCCAUGUUCAACGGCGGUAGCCGAAAGCGCGCGCUGCCCCAGCCCGGCGCGCACCCCGCCUGCCACCCGCUCAGCUCGGUCAAGGCGGCCGCCGUGGCAGCGGCGGCUGCGGUGGCUGGAGGCGGGGGACUGCUGGGUCCGCACCUGCUGGGGGCGCCCCCGCCCCCGCCGCCGCCGCCACCCCUGGCCGAGCUGGCGGGCGCGCCCCACGCCCAUCACAAGCGGCCGCGCUUCGACGACGACGACGACUCGUUGCAGGAGGCGGCCGUUGUGGCCGCCGCCAGUCUCUCGGCCGCCGCCGCCAGCCUCUCUGUGGCCGCGGCCUCGGGCGGCGCCGGGGCGGGAGGGGGCGGCGCCGGGGGCGGCUGCGUGACCAGCGUUGGCGCCGGCGCCGGCGCGGGCGCGGCGGCUGGCGCCAAAGGCCCGCGCAGCUACCCGGUCAUCCCGGUGCCCAGCAAGGGCUCGUUCGGGGGCGUGCUGCAGAAGUUUCCCGGCUGCGGGGGGCUCUUCCCGCAUCCUUACACCUUCCCGGCCGCAGCCGCCGCUUUCGGCUUGUGCCAUAAGAAGGAGGACGCGGGCGCUGCGGCCGAGGCCCUGGGGGGCGCGGGCAGCGCGGGCGCGGCGCCCAAGGCCGGCCUGUCCGGCCUCUUCUGGCCCGCGGGCCGCAAGGACGCUUUCUACCCGCCCUUCUGCAUGUUCUGGCCUCCGCGGACCCCAGGCGGGCUUCCCGUGCCCACCUACCUGCAGCCCCCGCCCCAGCCGCCCUCGGCUCUCGGCUGCGCGCUUGGAGAAAGCCCCGCCUUGCUGCGCCAGGCCUUCCUGGACCUGGCCGAGCCCGGCGGCGCGGGUGGGAGCGCUGAUGCCGCUCCCCCGCCAGGUCAGCCCCCUCCGGUCGUGGCCAACGGCCCGGGCUCCGGCCCUCCGCCAUCGGCUGGGGGCGCGGGUGCUCGCGACACUCUCUUCGAGUCGCCCCCGGGCGGCAGCGGCGGGGACUGCAGCGCGGGCUCCACGCCGCCAGCCGACCCCGGCGCCGUGUCCGGUGCAGGGGCCGCGGCCGCCGGCGCGGGCCCCGCGGGAGCCCGAGUGCCCGCACCCCACCAUCCGCACCUCCUGGAGGGGCGUAAGGCAGGCGGAGGCAGCUACCACCAUUCGAGCGCCUUCCGGCCGGUGGGCGGCAAGGACGACGCGGAGAGCCUGGCCAAGCUGCACGGGGCGUCAGCGGGAGCGCCACACUCGGCCCAAGCGCAUCACCACCAUCACCAUCACCACCCGCACCACCACCAUCAUCAUCACCCCCCGCAGCCGCCGUCACCGUUGCUGCUCCUGCCCCCGCAGCCCGACGAGCCGGGUUCUGAGCGCCACCACCCGGCCCCGCCGCCGCCCCCGCCCCCGCCGCCCCCGCUGGCCUUGCAGCCGCACCACCGAGGCCUUCUGUCCCCCGGGGGCACCAGCUGCAGCUACCCCAGCGAGGACAGCUCCGAGGACGAGGACGACGAGGAAGAAGAGCAGGAGGUGGACGUGGAGGGCCACAAACCCCCCGAGGGCGAAGAAGAGGAGGAAGAAGGUCGAGACCCCGACGACGACGAGGAGGAAGACGAGGAGACGGGGAUCCUGCUAGGGGACCCCUUAGUCGGGGGCGGCCGCUACCUCCAGGGCCGAGGGCUGUCAGAGAAGGCGAGCAGCCGGGACCGCGCACCGGCCGCGACGGGCGCUUUCCCACUCGCCCUGAACUCCUCCAGGCUGCUGCAGGAGGACGGGAAGCUGGGCGACCCCAGCGGCUCAGACCUGCCCCCGCCCCCGCCCCCGCCUCUGGCCUCCCAGAAAGCUGGCGGCGGCGGUGGCAGCAGCCCGGGCAGCCCGGUCCACCAUCCAUCACUGGAGGAGCAGCCCUCCUACAAAGAUAAUCAGAAAACUAAGGAAAAUAACCAAGUUAUUUUACCUACAAAGGAUGACAGCAACUUUUCAGAUAAGAACAAGGAUCAUAGCUUUUUCAUCACAGACUCUGAUGCUUCCGGAGGAGAUUUUUGGAGAGAAAGAUCAGGUGAACACACACAAGAAACAAAUUCACCUCAUUCACUCAAAAAGGAUGUCGAAAAUAUGGGGAAAGAAGAACUUCAGAAGGUUUUAUUUGAACAAAUAGAUUUACGGAGACGACUAGAACAAGAAUUCCAAGUGUUAAAAGGAAAUACGUCUUUCCCAGUAUUCAAUAAUUUCCAGGAUCAGAUGAAAAGGGAACUAGCCUACCGAGAAGAAAUGGUGCAGCAAUUACAAAUCAUCCCCUAUGCAGCAAGCUUGAUCAGGAAAGAAAAGCUUGGUGCCCAUCUCAGCAAAAGCUAAAAGCCUUCCCGAAAUCUGGCUUUCGGUGAGCUACUGACAGACGGUGAUGUGAACAAUUGCAGGCAACACAGACCUUGGAGAACGUCUUCUGUAGGAAGAGUCAUUCGUUCCUUCCCUAAACCAAUCACUGUUUCUCUAGAGUUGAAGCCAAGUUCGAGGUCACAUCCCUGGCAACAAUUUGAAAAACAAAUAUUCCAGGCUUCUCAGGAAGACAGUAAAAAUUCAUUGGCUGUAUUCAGAACAUACCUAAACAUUUCAAAAGCAACUUUUUGCUUAUGCAGAAGACAUAUGUAAUUGUUAGAAUUGAAGGGAUGUCAAAACUAAGGCUUGCUGUUUCUGUGACAAUACAUUAGGAUGACCUAACAACUGGAAUUGCUAAAUCAGGGAAAAACUCCGAUGUCAGAGGGAGCAUUUGUAAGUGCUCAUGGCCAACUAGGAUUGUGGUCAUUUAUCAGUGUGACCCAUUCCUAUCAGAAUCAUUCUGCCCCAUCCUUCCCUCUGGAACUUCCCUCUGGAAUAUUUCCAACUUAAUAGAAUCCAUUGGCGAAAAGAAUUCUGCACAACGCGGGUGUGUGGUUCCUGUUCUUCCCUUCAUGACUCUUUUCUGCAUAUCACAAGCCUCCUCUGUCCUUGUACAAAUGGCAGUCCCACGUCUUGUCCUCAUCUUUAUUAGUGAUAAUCUUCAGAAUUUGUCUUAAAUAAUGAUGAUUAUGUCACUCAUAUUUCAUCAGGAGCUCAAAACUAUUUCCAAGACAGUCUCUCAUUCAUAUGCUUUCCCUUCAUUUUACACACGAGGAACUGAGGUACGGAGAAGAGAGAUGUGGCAUUUUAUGUCCACGUUGCAAAGCUGCGAAGAGAUCCCAGGGCUCCUGACUUUCGAUUCAGUGCCCACUUGCCCCUAGUGCAUGCACUUCCUGUCCUCUGUAAGCAGAUGUUUCUGCAAGAAAGACAGUCAAAUAAUCAGUCAUUGUGUUUCCAUAUCCAUGAAGUUCUACCAAGUGGGCCUGUGAGUUGGCUCUGGUCUAUAUAUUCAAGCAUUCUUAAGUCUGAAGUUGACGUUGGACAGUUUCCUUCUCAUUAGAGCGGACAGGUUCGCACCAGUUGUGUGAAAUGAAUAAUUUUACAACAGUCAGACUUCACUAAAUCUUAACUCAGAAUACCAAGGCAAUCAAGGCAGGAAUCACCCAAAUUAAUGCUGAUAAACUCAUAGGUAUAAUAAUUUGAAAAUGUCAAAUUCUCUUUCAAGUCAAAGAGAAUAUAUUAGGAUGUGUUUUUCAAUAACAUUUUUAUUGAAGUAUGAUACAUAUUCAUCAAAGCUCAAAAAUCAAGUCAUGAAGUCAACAAAUCAAAACUCAAUGGAUUUUCACAAGAUGAACCUACUUAGGCUUCCAGCACCCAGAGAGCCACCUUGCACCCCUGUCCAGUUAUUCCUCCACUCAACAAAGAUCAGCUUUGCCUGGUUUUGAACUUUAGCAAAGGACCUUGUACAGAACAUUGUUUUGUAUCUGGCUUCUUUUACUCCUCAUUUAUGAUAUUCAUCCAUUAUAAUGUAGUUUGAUCUCCACUCAGGAACUUCAAUAAACUCUUUUUAUUCCUUCUUAUUCCCCAACUCAUCUUCUUUGCUUAUGACGACUGCUCUUAUACCUACAAAAUGAAGACUGCCCAGAAACCAUGCCUCUGAUGGUGACAUCGCAUACAGCUAGGUGGAAAAAAAAAAAAGAUUGAUUUGUGUUUAGUAACUAAUGCUUCCUUCAUGCUGAUUUUGUUUCCAUCCUUGCAGACAACAGGGAUUUCUCUAAGUAGACCCUGGUGCUUUCAGAAGAUUAGUGGUUACUUAAAUGCUGAGCUAAAUCAGCCAAGCAGAGAAUCACGACCAUAUUGUUAGAGGCAGUGUUUGAUUCUCAACAUGCCAAGCCUGCAAGGAAUUACCCCAAGAGAGAUUACAAAAUAAAAAUCAUUACACCAAGGGAGAGAGACAAAUUCUGCCUUGCUGAGUGACCACAGGUUUCCAAAUUAGGGACUGAUGCAUUAAUGUCUUAUGCAAGAGUGACCCUUAAGGUAGUGUGCUGUGUUCUUGCCACCCAGUGGAUUCCAAUAUGACUAUUAAGAGGAGGAAGCUUUUCAAAACCACAGGCAAUCCACUUAAUAAGCUGAGCAAGUAUCGCCACAUAUCACUGCUCUACAAAUCUUUUUUGCCCUACCUUAGGAUGUAAGAAAUUCCAUGUUGAGUCAAAAUAAGGUUCCACCCAGACCAGGUUACUAACUGCAUAAUUCCAUUAGAAGAGCCAAAUUGUUGUUCUUAACAAUGCCAACCCUAAAAUUUAAGCACGUGCACCGAAUACUCUUAGCUUUCCCUUGAUAACUCCUUAAAGACCCAUUACCAAUGGAUUUAUCUAAACCUUUCUUCAACCUAGGCAUGUCCCCUUUGGGGCAAUGAAUUCUAUUUGUUUAGCUACCAGCUGUGUUAAGUGUAGUUUGCUUUCUUUCUGUAUCUUCAAACCACCUCCUAAAACAAGCCCUAGUAGACUAGCCAUUGGGCUGCUUUGCGUAUUUGUUUCAUUGUAAGCUCACAGUACAACGAAAAUGAUUCGAAAAAAAUUUUCAAAAUGUUAUGUGCAUUUGUCCUUGCAUCAAGGACUGUUUUUCACACCAGAAUUAUUCCUGAGAGUCUCUCUUACCUGAGGUUGUUUCCAUGCCCCAUGUCCUGCCCAGACACCCAGUGUGAUCUUUGUGAAAUCCGCACCACCAAAAAAGUGCCAUGAUGUCAGCAGCAAUUUAAUCAUUACGUUCUUUUUCUUCCGAGCAUCUUUUGACAUUAUACAGAUGUCAUCCGUGUAGCUAGAUGAAGCACCCAGGUCUUUCAGUCAUUCUACAGAAGUGGAAAGUGGAUUCUGGGAAAUGGCUUGUUCGUAGUCAUACAGAAACUCGUGACCAAGCCAGAAAUAAUAGUAACUAUCAUCUGUUUAGCACUGAUUAUGCCAGACAUUGGGCUAAAUUCUUUGCCACAUUAUCUAUCUCUUUUGAACAUUCCAACUCUAGAAGGUAGAUCCUAUUGUCAUCCCCAUUCAUACAUGGGAACCCCGAGGUUCAGUGGGACCACUCAGCUAGCACGUGGCAGAACCAGGACUCAAUUCAGGUCCAUGUGACUCUAUUCCACUUCUCUGUCUCCCAAGGAUCAUUGGGUUUGUUUGGAGGGAGUCUGGCUUCUAAAUCUGACACUGCUGCCCCAUAUUAUCUUGGAUAAUAUCAUACAAUCUCUUUGAGGCUCACUCUCAUCAAUAAAAUGUAGGUGGCCAAACCUGAUCAAAGUCUCUGCCAGUUCUAAAAUGUUGACCACCACUCUUGCAUACCAGACAUCUGCCAUACUCUCUCUCCUUUCCCACAAAGGGGCUGCUUUUAUUAAAGUAUGCUCAAGACCAUAUAUAACACCCAAGGGCAUGACUAACCUACUUUUGCCUUGUGUCUGCGUUUUCUUCAUCACAGAUUACUCCUUCCUCCCACCUUCUGGAGAGUUUGAGGAUUUUUUUUUUCCCUAUACUGACAACAUCUACCUCUUUGAUUUGUGUCUCGUAACUAAUUGUUAGUUUUCUUCAUUUCUGGAAUAAUUGCUACAAAAAUCACUGCAAGAAAAAGGUCUUAAAAUGAUGUAGAGGGAUUGUAACGGAACACUCUGUGUCUUCCUUUUAUAUAGAUCAAAGGCAAAGGGAGGGAAUAGCAUAUCCAUUUCUCUCCUCUGUAGUCAGACCUAUAGGACCAGGUUCUUUCAAGAGUUUCCAUCGAGAUUGACAAUGUGCUCCUAGUCUGCUCAAGGCUUUGUGUCAAUUCUUUUAUUUAAUCUCCAAAACAACCCAUUGAGAGAAGGUCCACUGCUCUCACCAUAUGCUACAGCUGAGAAAACUGACACGCAGAGAGCUGAGUAUGUUGUCUGUGGUCUUGCUGUGAGCAAGUGGCAGGAUCCGAGCCAGGCUGCCUGGCUCUGCCACCCCACACUCAUCUGCUCUCCUGUGAUCCGUACCAGGAGAUUGUGGCCUGACCCGCAUCCUCUAUCAUCAGUUGUAAACACGCAGUUAAUAGCCAAUCCGAUGGUUUUGUUGCUGUUGAGUCACAAAAACUCCAGCCAUGCUUCUACGGUUGCCCUGACCCCCCAGGACAAGAAAUAUAGAUGUUAACUUGGGCAAUCCAGCCAAAGCCAAAGCAGGGCACUGGCGCAUGAAAUUCUGUCUGCCCCUUUCACCACAGGCUGUCUUAAGCAAACUGGAGCUUCUAGAACCUAGCAAACAUGACUUUCCUGUAAAGGAGGCAUCGCAAGCCAGCAUACUCUGAUCUAAUAGCUCUACUUUGGCUCAGUGUCAGCAGAGAUGCAUAAACUAAGAGAGCAGGCAAAUAUAUGUACAAAGGAAGAUGCUUUCAAGUCAGCAUUUCAAUAUUUCAUCCAAACUGUACCAAAAAUGUCUUCUUUCAGGAUACACUAAAUGUUACUUGAUGUGUUUUUAAACUCUCUGACUAUUUGGGGCUGAAGUUGUCAUUCUGCAUUUCUUGUUCUAUCCCAGGUGCACAGAAUCACUUACUCUUGUUCUCUUGUAAGAUACAGCCUGUCACUGAGCACUUCUGACCCACAUAAAGACUGCGAAUUGAAAGGGCUUGGGAAUCAAAUACAAAAUCAGGUUCGGGAGAACCCAAGGACAAGUGACCUCAAAGCAGCAUGGACAACCAUGUAAAAUAGACUGUAGCGGCCAUUCAUUAGUGGGGGGGAGGGGGGAGCCAACCAGAGCAGUCAAUGCUUGUCGCAUCUUUUGGUGGAACCAAAGUUUGAGUCUUUGUGUUUUUCAAGGCCAACUGAACCCAGAGCGUGGGAGUGCUGUUAGCCAACCGGGGUGGGAAAUCUGUGGACGGUCCCAAGUGAACUCAGUGCUGCACACUCGGAGAGGGUGGCUCUGCAAGACUGUCUUUUACACUGGAAGACGUGAUUCUUGGUGGAAACACAAGACCUGUCCUAGGAGUGGGGAUCACAUUUCGACAGCUGGGACGGCAUCAGCCGCACAAACCUGCUUUUCACAACAAACUGGACAGACUUAGACGUGGCCCCUUCCUCUCUGGUACUUUGCCUGCUGUAUGAAUGAAGAUUGUAUUCCUCUGGAAAUAUUUUACAGUUUAAUAUUGAGUGUAAUUAAGAAUAUAAUCAUGUUAUCAAAAAUGGUAUUUAACUCUGUUGUAGUUUCUUUAACAUUCAUGUGGAUAAAAAAAAAGUCUAUAAUAAAAAGACUAUGAAGUAA